AUCCAAACCCCCUCUCUAUGCAAUAGACCCAUUCCCACAAAGCCAUAGUUUGUUCUCUAUUUUCAUUUCCACCAUGACAUAUUCCAUUAUGUUGUUUAGCCUUCUGAUAAUAGCCUACUUUAGUGGACUUCAAGCUGAAAAUAUUUUCUCACAGUACUGGGAAGAGCACAUCGGUCUUCCACAACCUCCACAUUGGUUAGUUGCAAAGGCUUCUCCAUUAAGCCUCCAUCAAGUGGCAGUAUAUAUGAAAUUUAUGGAGGAAAAUGAAUUGACUUCCCACCUUCAUUCAUUUUGUAAGCAGGCUAAUAUUGCUUGUUCUACAAAUGUACUGGUGAAGAAGAAAACAAAUGACACAACCUUACCACCAAUAGCCCAGUGGAACGGUGUCAAAGAGAAAUAUGAUGAGCUUCCAAAUGAAACACCUCUAUCGGUUGCCAACCAAGGGGGGUUGCCUUAUUUCCGGGAGUCAAUGGUGAAAGAAGGAAAAUUCAUGCCUAUCCCUGAUCUAAGGGAUCCGAUGUCAUAUAAAUCAUUCUUGCCGCGAUCUCUAAUGUCAAAUAUCCCAUUUUCCUACGCUCGGAUCAAGGAAUUGAAGAAGAUUUUUGGUGUGGUGGAUGACUUGGACAUGGAUGAGUAUAUUCAAAACACCCUCAAGAUAUGUGAGAGACGCCCCAUUCGAGGCGAGCAAUGCACUUGUGCAACUUCUGCAGAAGAUCUCAUUGACUUUGUUGUCGAGAAUUUAGGGCACCAUGUACACAUAUGGAGUACUGAGAGCGUCGAAGGAUCUUAUGAGAAUGUCACAAUUGGAUUUGUGAAACUAAUCCAUGGAAAUCUCUCUGAAUCACCAGUUUUAUGUCAUAGUAUGCCAUUCUUAUUUCAAGUCUAUUAUUGUCAUGUUUUCCAUAAAGUUAAAGUCUAUACAGUUGAUAUACUUGUCCGGAAGAAAAUGAAUCAUGUGAUCAUGGCAUGCCACUAUGACACAUCAACUUGGAAUCCAAAUAAUAUUGCUUUUAAGCAGUUGGGUUUUGGACCAGGCAUAAUUGAAGUCUGUCAUUGGAUAAAUGAGAAUGCAAUGAUCUGGACAAAGGCUCUAGGUUGAGCAGCAUUUAAAGUUUUGUUUAUCCUCUAAUUCUCUUGUUUGUAUUACAUGUUACUACUUAAUUAUGCUAAUUGAAGGAUAAAUAAUGACCUAUUUUAGCUUGCAUGUCA